UAUAAAUAUACAUGAAGAAAAUGUCUGAUUAACAAACAUUAAAAAAGGUAUCUAUGAAUCAUAAUCAUACUCAUUUUGAAUCAGAAACAUCAGAUAUUGAAAGAACUACAAGCUUCGAAUCAAGUUAAUUAGGAAGAAUUAUUGAUAUUGUAUCAUAUCGGAGAACUUCCACUUCUUCAAAAGGAGAUAAUAAUUAAAGUCCUAGACAAUAAAGAAAAAAUUCAUUUGUCACUUUUGAAUCUAAUGACAUAUCAAUCUCUGUCAGUCAAAUUAAAUACAUUAAUGAGUAAUUUUUUAACCAAACUAUUAGUCCUUCAUAAUAUCUCAAAAUGAAUGAUUUAUAAGUAAGAGUUUGGAAAGCUUUGACUAAAUGCACUAAUUCAUAAUUAGUACUAAUCAUUAUUUAUUUAGGAAUCAGUUUUUUUGAUUGACAUUAUUGUUUUGCAUAAUGAUACAGAAUUUGAAUUUAAGUUUGACCUUUCACAAUUAUCAUGUUUUAUGACUGUUAAAGAAUUAAGAGAAUAAAUACAUAUUAUAUUUACUGAAUAAAAGAAUCAAAGUAGGAUAUUUUAUUAAAAAUGUAGAAAUAUAGGACCCCUAAUUGUAUAUAUUGAUUGGAAUUAUAAAAACAUAAAAAUUGGAUGGUGAAAUAAGAUUGUUUGAAUUACUAAAUAUCUUACUCAAUGGAAAAAAAACAUUGAUUUUGUAAUCCUCUUGUCAUAAUAUCUGA